UUCGCAUACCCUUGUGCGAAUGCAGAUGCCGGAGAGAGCAGGGGCGUCCACCCUACCUUCCGCCUCCGUCCCAUUUCACUGGGAAGAGGAACCGGGGAAGCCCAAGCCAUGCACCGCGCUUUCCACAUUCUCGAUUCGGGAGGAUUCUGCCCAGAAAUGCCUUGAACUGCCUCCGAGGUUGCUGGUGGAAUCAAAACUGUAUUCCUCGCCUACCACCGUCUUGGAAGGUCCGUACAUCGGUCGUUCGUCCAGGUUUCAGUCUCUCAGAAUGGGCAAACACUCCUCGCCCGCCACCGAUCUCUUGGAAGGCCCGUUCAUUGGCCGGUCAUCGAGGUUUCAGUCUAAUUCGUUCAGAAUGGGAGGCGAUUGCUACGGUUCUUUUCGUUCCACCGGUAACUCCAGCCCGGAGGCGGUGGUUCCUUAUGGAGCGCUGGUUGUUAGCAAGAAAGGGCAGCGGAGAGACAGAGGGAUUCUUGGGUUCUGGAGGAAAAUAGCCUUAAAGGGUGAAAGAGGUGUUGUUAGGGGUAGUUACGUGUUUCCGUCUUCCGUGGAUAGAGAAAGUGAUUCCGGCCGUGAAAGGAAGACAUCCGCCGCAGCACCAUCGUGAAGAUCACCAGGGUUAGAAGAAUUAGGAGUUCUCCUAAUCUAUCCCAUGCCGCCAAGUCACAUUUCUGGGUGAGCUUUUUUUUCUUUUUGAACUGAAGCUAAAUACAUUUCUGGGUGAUCU